AUGCCAAACCCAAGAUCCUUUGGGCAUGUAGACCGGAAAGGGAACGGACGGUGUCAAGUAAAACAAAUGGUGUCUGAGAUAAAACUUUGUGGUGUUUAUGGUUUAUUCUCAGAAUAUGGUGGAAAAUACACAGAAGCAAUAAUAAAUCCAUGGAGAAAACCAUCCAGUAUUUCCAGAAAGAAAGAAUUUAAAUUAAAUUUUCGAAAACGGCAUGGAAAUGACAAAUUUUCAUUUCGGCCAAAGCAAACAGUACAACAAGGCAUCAUUGUCACACAGCAAGACGUUUACUACGAAUUGUUUGCUAACCUACGGUUUAUGAAUGUUUUAUUAAGUUGUCGUCGGUGUCGUUGGGUGACUACAGUAGUGAUCUUGACAGAGUUGCCAUGCAAAUAUCUUGUCUUCUAGGACACUAACUGUGUGAUGAUGGUGUGUUUGUGUAUAAUAAUGUCGGUUGAUUCAUUUAUCCUAAACUUUCACGCGAACCACUUCGAUGUGACAUUGUUUUCACUUAUUUUUCACGCACUUUACCAGUCGAAUAGUCUCAGAACCUGUUAAAAAAAACUGUCCAGAGUUACGGCAAGGAGAAGCCAACAUAUCUGACAACCGAGUCGUCGGAAGGAUUCAAAUUUGUGAUCAUUAAACGGCUCCUUAAUGACGCUUUUAUGCUGUGCAAGCAAAUGAUAUCCAG